AUGGGGCCCCCGGGCAAUAGGGGAUCAUGGGGUCCCUGUGUCCUUGCCCACACUCAAAAAAGCCUAUAAAAAAGGUACCAGGGGCAUUUCAUGGGGCCCCUUACUGACCCCCGGGCCCUCGGGCAGUGCCCGAGUGCUCGAAUGGUUAGUCCGCCCUUGGUGCAAAUGUCCUUCCGCAAACGUGAUGACGUAUUUCAGGGGCGGACUGACAACUCAUGGGGCCCCUGGGCAAUAGGGGAUCAUGGGGCCCCUGUGUCCUUGCCCAAACUCAAAAAAGCCUAUGAAAAAGGUACCAGGGGCAUCUCAUGGGGCCCCCUACUGACCCCGGGCCCUCGGGCACUGCCCGAGUUUCCAAAUGGUCAGUCCGCCCCUGGC